AUGGUGGAAGAUAUGCAGUCUUUGAAUAAGAAGUUGGAAGAAACAGAAGCAGCCAUUGAGGAACACUUUAAGCCGAUAGACAAGGAAGCUGAGAUUAUUAUGAAAACACAGCUCGAAGGUGAGGAGAAAUCUAUGAGAGAGAUGGUGAUGGCCAUGCAGAGACAAGCUCUACUCGAGCAAGCUGAAGCCGAAAGAAUUGCAAAUUCGCGAAAUUAUAAUAAGACAGAUCAAAGUGUUCAGCAACCAACAGGUGUGGAAAAGAAAACCGAGACGGCUUAA